AUGAGUGGCCCAAGAGUCCUUUCGUGGUAAGAGUUAGGUCCUCAGAAAACGCGAAUGAUUGUCCAAAGAUUAUUGCAUAUCUUCAGCACGGCAUGCCAUUUGCUAGUCAUGAAGACCUCUCCAUUCCCAUCUGGAACAAGGACUCAAACAAUAAACCAAACUUCUAGGUGUGGGGCAUGAUCGUUUUAGAGAUAAUCAGGUAUGACACUGAUGCGAUAUGUAAUCAGUAGACCGGUGUGUCGACCGAAAGAAUGCCUUGGUGUUAACUGGCAAAUUCUCACCCGGUUCACUUGGAGUAGUUCCUUUCUGAGAAUAAAGUUUCCUCACUAUAAUGACCUUUCAACUUCGUAUGGGGAUUUUUUGCAUACAGGAGAUAAUACCUUAAAAUUUUCUGCACAGUUUGUCAGUCAUUAAAAUCCGAAGGGAGAAACGACAGUAUCCAGAGCCGAAAGACUCGACGCUCACUUGUUACUCUAAAUAACGCGCCACCCACUAUAAAACGCCCGAUACUCCAAAGCUGCCACUUGACGAAAUAACUUGGCCUUCCUCUCGAGUGAGGGCUAGACAAUAACGGCUCCUGCUUAGUUUGAGCUCUGUGGUACUUUUCCCCCUGUGGAAUCCGAGUCCAUGUGUUGCGCAUAAUAGUCGGCGACUUCACGUUACGUCAACCAGCGCGACAGUCGCAUUCCCAGUCGACCUACGGUGGACAGGCCACUGGCGACUGGGAGUGGGAGGAGAAAUUGUGGUCGAUACCCAGAUAUAGGUCGGAUGUGGUUAUGUUGCCCCAUUUGAAGUAAACAAACCCCAGUCACCUCUAAUACGGGACCGGUGGUACUAGGAGUUUUUACAGCUGGGACCGGGGAACGCACAGGCGACGAGGUCAAGUGGCUGUAUGCAAAAGAAUAGCUAUUGGGAAUGCGCGGUUUUACUUUGAAUGGUUGAGAUAUAGUAGCGCUAACCCUUAACCCUAACCCUGAACUCUAUUUCUAAACUCUAACCGCUAACGCCAACCCCUAAUCCUAACCCCUAACUCUUAACCCCAACAGUAUUGUAUCCAUCAGGUGGGGCUACCAAACCACAUCUUACCCAGAUAGAUUUCUUCAUGACAAAUUGGCGUUUUUCUCACUACAACAAAUUUAUCACAGUAAGAGUCGUGGCAUGGAAGACUGCCAAAUGACGGAAUAAUUCGGUCCUUCUCAUGGUCCGAGAGUCACGCUGUAGUGACUCUUGUGUAACGUGGUCUUUACAGCAUCCCCGCAUGUCACAUGGUUAAUUACCUGAGUGGGGUGUCACAACGACGGCCGCUCCGGCGUCUGUCGCGCACGACAUCACCACAGACAUACCUGACACAACAACAGGCAUAACCCCUGCAACCUCCGUCCUCAGAGGUGAGGACCAGGACUACACCUGUCCUCACUGCGAUCGCACCUUCACCUCUCGCAUCAGCCUGGGCGGUCACUUGCGAAUCCAUCGCACAGAGACUGGCGAACCAGUGCCUGGAGCACCAACCUACACCCACCGCACUCGCCUCCACUGCCCACACUGCCCUCGCACCUUCACGCAUCGCAUGGGCCUAUUCGGCCGCAUGCGCAUCCACGAGAGCGGAACUGUCUGCAACUCCGACACACCCACCACAUCCAGCAGAUCCACCACGCCCAAUCCCACCCUCGCCCCAUCGCCCUGCGCGCCCAUCACCACCACCACCAUCACCGCCUCCUCUGUAGCUGACACCGACACCGCCGACUUCUCAUGCCCACACUGUCCACGCACAUUCACCUCUCGCAUCGGCCUGAUCGGUCACUUGCGAAUCCAUCGCACAGAGACUGGCGAACCAGUGCCUGGAGCACCAACCUAUACCCACCAAGCUCGGCUCAACUGCCCACACUGUCCUCGCACUUUCAGGCAUCGCAUGGGUCUAUUCGGUCACAUGCGCAUCCACGACGACCUGCGGUAG